ACUUUGCUACCUGCUUUAUAUAUAUUUUGCUUACCCCCUAAGCUAAUCAUCCAUUAUGGCCUCCUUCAACUCCCUUCUCACCAAUAUAAUAAAACCACCCCGCCCUUAAUCUCAUUCAAUUCCAUAAACCCCUUUCAACUCAGCUGCCAUGAUGAACAGUACUAGAUCAACCACCAUUUUGUUUUGGCUCAUUGCCUUCACCAUUGCAUUCUUUUCCCUCACCUUUUCUCUCUACUCCAACCUUCUUACUACUACUACUCCUACCACCUUACUACCUUUUCUGCGGAGUGUAGUCAAACAAACUGGCUUCGAUGAUUUCCUCUCUAUUAUUCAACAACUUAAGCGCUCCAAACACCACCACCACCACCACCAUAGACGCAGGCAUAAGGCUAAUAAGUGCGACGACUCCAAAUGGGACUCUCCCCUCGUUUCUACGUACAACGUUUCGCGCGUUAUGACCGUGGAUUUAAAUGGUUGUGCAAACUUCACCAGUGUCCAGAAGGCCAUUGACGCCGUCCCUGAUUUCAGCCCAGUUACCACACUCAUUAUAAUCGAUUCCGGCACCUACAGCAGGGAGAAAGUGGCAGUGAACAAAAGCAAGAUAAAUUUGAUAAUACAAGGCCAAGGCUACCUCAACACUGCUAUAUCAUGGAAUGAUACUGCAAAUUCCACUGGAGGAACUUCUAGCAGCUACACUUUUGGUGCAUUUGCUCCCAAAUUCAUAGCCUACAACAUAAGCUUUCAGAACACAGCUCCUCCGCCAUCCCAAGGAGUAACUGGUGCGCAGGCAUUGGCCAUAAGUAUAUUAGGAGAUCAAUCUGCAUUUUAUGGAUGUGGAUUCUAUGGAGCACAGGACACCCUUAAUGAUCACAGAGGAAGACAUUACUUCAAACAAUGUUUCAUCCAGGGCUCUAUUGACUUCAUCUUCGGAAAUGGCAGGUCACUUUAUGAGGAGUGUAUAAUUAAUAGCAUAGCGACAGAGGGAGGGGGAGGGAUAAGUGGAUCAAUUACAGCACAGGGGAGGGAUUCCGAGGAAGAAAAAAGUGGCUUCUCCUUCGUGAAUUGCAACAUUGGUGGUAGCGGCAAAGUGUGGCUAGGGCGUGCAUGGGGAUCCUAUGCCACAGUCGUCUUCUCUAAAACCUACAUGUCCCAGGUGGUCUCCCCUGAUGGCUGGAAUGAUUGGAACAACUCUACCAGAGACGAGACAGUGUAUUUUGGAGAAUACGAUUGCACUGGGCCAGGAUCCGACGACUCAAACAGGUCACCUUAUGCGAAGCAACUCGAUGAAUCCGAGGCUGCUCCAUUCUUGACUACUUCAUAUAUUGAUGGUGACGAUUGGCUUAUUCCUAAACCUAACACUGCAUAGGCAGAUCCCUUAGGAUCCACUGAAUGACAACAUUAUUAAGUGGUCUGCCCGGAAUUGUAUUUAUUAAUAUAUAUAAUAUAAUUGGAUAAUACAACAUCAGUUUUUGUUAGGAUCAAGCACGGCCUGAAAGGGGCGUGUAACUUUAUUUUCUCAUAAAACUAUAUUUGCCGGAGCCUAGAGAUAUACUGUUGGAUUUGACCCUUACAAUUCUACACCACACAAAUUGUAGUACAUAACAGAACAUAUGUACGGACGGAUAGGAACAAAUGACUUACUGAUUGCAACGUUUGAUUGAUGUGUUCAUGAUGUCUUGCACCAAAUCUGAUAUGUUAACAUGGGCUUGUCCACCAUCUUCCAUGGCACUCUUUGCUAAUAAACCUAAUUCUCUCGCUCUUUUCCUCCUAUUCUCACCUUCUUCUCCUCCCCCCAUUAGUUUCUCCACUGCCUUUGCAACUUCAUCUCUCACCACCACCACCCCAACCCUCUCCUCCUCGCCCCACCUCACCGGGACGUCAACGCCAACCCGAAUCCCAAUCCUCAGCACCUCCACAAUCAUCUUCUCGUUCAAGAAUUGCUCGGCAAACAUCGGCCACGUGAUCAUUGGCACGCCUGAGCAGACCCCUUCAAUAGUCGAGUUCCAUCCGCAGUGAGUCAGGAAGCCUUUGAUGGCAGGGUGGUUGAGGAUCAGGACCUGAGGGGCCCAACCUUUGAUCACUAGUCCUCUCCCUUUGAUCCUCUCCUCAUAUCUCUCCUCUACAAACCAUUUCUCCAGCUCCGAAUAUCUCUCCCCUGUUUUGAUCACCCAGACGAAAGGGUAGCCCGAGGCUUCUAGCCCUAGCCCCAGCUCUAUCAGCUGCGAUGGAACCAGCCGGCAUUGGCUCCCAAGACAGGCGUAAAGCACGGAAUUUUCUCUCUGGGAAUCCAGCCAUUCCAAACACUGUUUUUCAUCAAUGGAUGCCCUGCUUCCUCUAUGGUACAUAUCCAUAACAUCCCUGUUACAAAGCGAAACGGGUCCUAGACACCAUACCUUUUUGUUAACCGCCUUUCUAUACUCUUCCACGCAGCCCCGCUCCAGUUCUGGAAAAGUGUUGACCACAACCCCAUAGGCACUGGACUCGGCUUCUUGCAUCUGGCCGCGGAUAUCGUCCAGGUCGGGCAGAGUAACGAACGCCCCGGGCAGCUGAGCCUUAGCAAUCUCCACGCUGAACGGCAAUCCGGGGAUAGGGAAAGGAACCCUGUCGGAUUUAACCGAAAGGUGAGGCUUGUGAAGCAUUAUAUUGUUGGAACACAGAAGGGAGAAACAGCACAUCCCGUGGAAAACCAGCCUGGGGACCUGGAAUCGCCGAGCGGUCUUGGAAGUCCAAGAUAAGCACUUAUCUGACACUAUACAGCUCGGGGGAGGGAAGGUUUCUUCAAGGUAGGUCUCGGUCGGCUCUCGCAAUGCGUCUAGCGCGGCGUAGAAGUUGCGGAUGAGGACGGGGGAGGCGAGGCUGUCGAGGUUUUCGCAGCCGUGUGGGAGGCCGUGUUCUUGGCAGGGGAACGGGAUUUCAAGAAUGUGGAUUUCCAGGCGCUCUGAUUCCCUGGCUCGGUGGAUUGUUGACGACAACCUGGAAGCGUUACCCGGGGUGAUCACUAAUGUCACCUUAGCUCCAUGCUUCGCCAACAACCGAGCCAUGUCCACCAUGGGAAUCAUGUGGCCUUGAGCCAGCAAUGGGAUCAACACAAAAUGGGGUUUCCCCGAUUCCAAUUCCAGCUCCAUUGCCAUUGAUAGGCUGGUUUUUUAGAUAGGCGGUGCUGGAGUCAAGAGAUGGGUAUAUAGAUUUAUAUAUAGAUUUUGCGUAUAAAAAAGACAAAUUAUACCAUGGACUCGGUCCACAUCCAGAAUCAACUUAUCUAAAAUGAAAUUCAGAUUAUGUGUGCAGUUAACAUGUGCAUGCAAAUUAAUAGGUUAUGUAUCUAUAGUUCAAAUAGACAGUUUAAUUGGUAGCAAAAGUAAAAUUUGUCACAAAAAAUUAGAGAUCGAGUCUCACAUGUGACAGUGUAAAAGUAAGACUCUUUGUGAGUAUUGAAUAAAAAUCUAUUUUUUAUUGGUUAA